AUGAAUUACAAUGUUCCUUCGUCUCCCGGGUGUACGCCGCCUUCUUCACCAUGCAAAUCACAAACAGAGUCGCCAGAGGACCCGCCGCUUCUCCUUAGUGCUGCUGAAUUGCGCUCUGUUAGCUCACAUGCUCAACUUGCACAAACUGCAAACGGUGUACGUAUGCUCACCAAAAACCUUGCCACUGCAACGAUCCAGCUCCACGUGCGGGCUAUCAUGAUCGUCACCAAACCUCGAGACAACUCACUUGUGUACUUGACACGUGAAAUUGUGGAAUGGCUCUUACGGCGGGGCGAUAUUACAGUCUAUGUGGAUUCCCACUUAAAAGACCUGCCCCGUUUCGCUUGCUCACAUCCUCGCUUGCUCUACUGGACCAAUCGGUUAGCUCGACGUAACCCUGAGAAAUUUGACCUUGUGCUCACUUUGGGCGGUGACGGUACUGUUCUUCAUGUUCUGAAGUUGUUUCAGCGAGUGGUACCACCUGUGAUGGCCUUCGCCCUUGGCCUGUUAGGUUUCCUCACAAACUUCCGCUUUGAGCACUUCCGUCGCCGCAUGGCUACUGUUCUCGAUGCGGGUGUCAAGGCUUACAUGCGUAUGCGUUUCACAUGCCGGGUUCAUGCAGCAGAUGGGCUGGUGAUACGCGAACAACAGGUUUUGAACGAGUUGGUAGUGGAUCGCGGCCCUUCCCCAUAUGUCACGAAUCUAGAGUUAUAUGGCGAUGGCCUGCUUCUCACAGUGGCCCAGGCAGAUGGGCCUAAUCAUCGCCACACCGACAGGUUCCACUGCUUAUCUGCUUUCAGCAGGUGGACUGCUUGUCCACCCUGCGGUUAG